AUGGCCCCAAGGCGAGCUCACGAGGGACCAAGCAAGGGCGAGAAGGCACUCGAUGCCCUCCAGAAGACAUUGGACGUGACCUCGACGGUCGCGGACGCGACAAACACGCCUUUCGUGAAGGGCGGACUGCAGAUGGCGAUCAAGAUUGUCGAGGCAGCGCAGCUCACCAAGAAGAACCAACAUAACUGCGAGGAAGUCGCGCAGAGAGCUGCCCACAUAAUGCUGAACGUAGCAGAAACCCUGAAGGGCAAGAACGCGGGGGAUAUCAACCGUGAAUUGCAGUCGCAGCUUGGCAUGUUCCAGUCUAAGUUGUCAGAUAUAUGCUGUGAUAUGGAACAGAUGAAAAGCCGGAGAUGGCUGAAACGGUUUCUGGCCGGGAAGUCCGACUCAGAUGCAAUCUCCAGGUGGAACCAAUAUCUGAGUGACACUCGCCAGCUUUUCAUGGAGAGUGGUUUGAUAGAUCUGCAAAUUGGGCUUGCAAAGAUAGGAAGUGACAUUACCUAUGUUAGAACAACAUUAGAUGUCCUUACUGGUUCUGCUCAGAAUUGUGACUCGUGCUCAGAGUGUGAUCAGCUUCAGAACACUCCCAACCUAUUCCUAUCCAGAACUCCCCCUCCCAUGCCAUCUGCCUUUCACGGCAGAGAGAGGGAGGUCUCAGAAGCUGUACAAAUGAUUCUAUCCUCCUGGUCUCAACCACAAUCCAAUCUUGCAAUACUUGGCCCUGGUGGCAUGGGUAAAACAUCCCUGGCCCUAGCUGUUCUGCAUCAUCAAGAUAUCAAGGAUGCCUUUGGGGAGCAAAUCUACUUUGUUCCUUGUGAUUCAGCUGCUAGUGCUGAUCUAUUGGUGUCCCAUAUCAUCACUGUCUUCCCAAUCUACAAGGGGGAUGGUGAGGAUAUUCUGACUAGCCUAGACAUCUUUCUGAGGGGUGUUCCGAGGCUAUUGCUUGCUCUGGAUAACUUCGAGACACCAUAUCAAGAAGGCAAUAGCCAGGGUGUAGGUGAAGUCCUCAGGAGGAUAGUUGCAGUUCCCCAAGUGACUGUCAUGAUCACUAUGAGGGGAGACUUUGCUCCUGUGGAGGCUUUAUGGUGCCAGCUUCUGAAGCUGGAGCCUUUAUCCAUGGCAGCAUCAAAGAAGAUUUUUUUUCACUUUAAUCAGAAGUGUGAAGAUAUUCAAGCCUUGGAUAGCCUAUUGGAUGGCCUGGACCGUAUCCCACUUGCAGUCACCCUUGUGUCACAUCUGGCACAAUCUGAAUCUGUGGAAAGCCUCAUAGUACAGUGGGAGGAGAUGAAGACAUCCUUACUCCAACAUGGUGCAGCUGAUGAGAAGAAUAACAAUCUUGAAGUGUCAAUUGACUUAUCCCUCAAAAGCAAGAUAAUCCAGAAGGCCACAUCAGCUAUAGACCUCCUGGCUCUUAUAUCAUAUCUUCCAGAUGGGAUCCUUGCCUUAUCAAAGCAGCAGCAACAGCAGAGCCUGCAAGAUAUGGUUUCCCACAUGGAAGGCAGGUAUGAAGGACUCAAGGCACUGAAGGCAGUGGGCUUGGUUCAAGAAUCAGGUGGGAGCAUAAAUACCCUAUCCCCUAUUCGGCAUUAUGUCUUGAAAAAGUAUCCAUUGCAUCAAAUUCACAGGGAAGCCUUGGAGAAGUAUUACAUCACACUGAUCAGCAAGUAUGAUCCAAAGAACCCAAAUGGCAUUGACUCUCACCUGAUGAGUGAGUCUGGCAAUAUUAUUGCACUGGUCAAGCAGGCAACCCAAAGACAAGGUGGCCUCUCCUCAGAGCUACUGCAUGCAGCUUAUGAGAUGUCCUGGUUCCUUUUUCACCACAAACCUACCACAGAACUACUUGAUCUGAUCAUUCCAAUGUCAAUGAGUCUGGAUGAUAGAGUCUUCCAAGCAGACUGUCAAAGAUUGGCAGGAUUGAUACUCAGAUUCACGUACAACUAUACCAAGGCACAGGUUCAAGCAUAUGCAGCAAUGAACAGGCUGAAUACCCUGAGGCUGGAAAAGCUUCAGAAGGCCAGAGAGGAGUUUCAGCAGGUUGGUGACAGAUAUGGUCAAGCCCAAUGUCUGCAAAGCAUUGGUGAUAUACUGUGGAUGCAAGAUGAAUAUCCUGAGGCUGUAGAAAAGCUUCAGGAAGCCAGAGAGGAGUUCCAGCAAAUCGGUGACAGAAGUGGUCAAGUCCAGUGUCUUCAAACCCUUGGUGAUAUCCUGUGGGUGCAAGGUGAAUAUUCUGAGGCUGUGGAAAGGCUCCAACAGGCCAAAGGACAAUUCCAACAAAUUGGUGACAGCCUUGGUCAAGCCCAGUGCCUCCGGAGCCUUGGGAAUAUUAUGUGGAUGCAAAGUGAAUACUGUGAGGCUGUAGAGAAGCUUCAGCAGGCAAAAGAGCAGUUUCAGCAGAUUGGUGACAGACUUGGUCAAGCUCAGUGCCUCCAGAGCCUUGGUGAUAUUCUGAAGAUGCAAGAGGAAUACCCUGUGGCUGUGGAGAAGCUUCAGCAAGCCAGAGAGCAGUUCCAGCAAGUUGGUGACAGACUAGGUCAAGCCCAAUGCCUCCGGAGUCUUGGUGAUAUUCUAUGGAUGCAGGGUGGAUAUCCUGAGUCUGUGAAAAUGCUUGAGCAGGCCAGGGCGGAGUUCCGACAAAUCGGAGACAAACUUGCUUUAGCCCAAUGCCUCAUGUGCCUUGGUGUUGUUCUAGAGAGCCAGCAGAAAUGGAGUGAGGCUGUGGAAAAGCUUCAGGAGGCCAGAAAGCUGUUCAAGCUAGUUGGUGACAGGCGUGGUCAAGCCCGGUGCCUCCAGAGCCUUGAUGAUAUUCUGAAGAUGCAGUAUGAGAAUUGA